AGCAACAGAGAUGAGGUCGGAGGUCGUGCUGAAACUGCAAAAGAUCCGGCAAUAUAAAUACAUCAUAAGCGUCAGAAUUAUCAUUCCCGUUUGACUUGUUCACUGACACAUUGUCAAUAUGCGGUCUCGUUUUAUUCUGCUACUCCUUGUUGGAGUUGCCGUGAGUAAUCUCGAUAACAACAUCGAGCAUGGCUGGAAAGUUGGGGAAGAAUAUCAAUAUCUCGUACGUAGUCGUACUCUCACUGGACUACAGACAUUAUCUGAUCAAUACGCUGGUAUUCUAAUGAAAGCGACGCUAAGGAUUCAAUGUAACUCGCCCGACACUCUUAGAGCACAAUUAUUGAAGCCGCAGUAUGCUCAGAUACACAAGAAACUACCGGACGGUUGGGAUUCUCGUAUCUCUGAUCAGAUGUUAGAACACAAGCAUCUACCGCUUUCUAACGAACCCUUCGUGAUCAAAUUGAAACAUGGAGUCAUAAGAGACUUGAUCGUCAGCAAAAAUGUACCAACUUGGGAAGUCAAUAUCAUCAAAAGUAUCAUCAGUCAGUUCCAAGCUGAUACGCAAGGAGAAAAUUUGAAGGGAAAUAAGAAUACUCAAAUCCCUGAAGAUGAUAAUCCCUUCGCGACGUUCCGUGUCAUGGAAGACUGCGUAAGUGGAAAAUGUGAGGUCCUCUACGACGUUGUACCAUUAACGGAGGACGUUCUCCAACAUCGUCCACACAUAUUGCCAAAACCAGAAUUACGUGGCAACGGAGAACACAUUUACAUAACGAAAACAAGGAACUACGACAAGUGCGAACAACGUAUGGACUAUUAUUUUGGAAUAAGUGGAAAUGCAAACUGGGAAUCCGAUAUUAGGAACAAUGAUAAAAUCAUGAAGAAAUCAUCAACAAGUAACAUGGUUAUAUCUGGAAACCUCAAGAACUUUGUCAUACAAACGGCAGUAACGACAACUGAAAUAAUCAUGAAGCCCAGACUUGUAGAUGACCAAGAGAGCAUCGUAAUAAGUAAAAUGAAUGUGACUCUCGUUAGCGUCAAUAAAGUUUCAAGCCCGAUACCAGCACCGAAUAAUCCUGAAUCAACUGGAAAUCUGGUUUACACUUACAACGAUCCAUUCUCAAAAACAGUACAGAGACGACUUGGACGACCUAGCGUAAGUCCCAAUUCAAUGUCCAAUGAACUGGAUUCUUCUGCCGAUUCUGACGAAGACCUACGACUCAUGAGGGAGAAAUACGGCAAAAGCGAUAAGAUGAACGUUGUUAGCGACGAGGAUAAAGCAUUCCGGCAGAUGAAGCCAACGUUACACGAAGCACCUAAAAAUCCUAUGCUACCAUUAUUCAUAGGUAACAAUGGCAAGGCGGUCGUGAUGUCUGAUAAGAUCAAUUCUGGUAAAAUGGUAAUGACGCUUGUCCAAGAAAUUGCGAGCGAAAUGGAAGAUCCAAACGUUAUGCCUGAUCGAGAAACCCUAGAAAAAUUCACGAUUGUUUCUAGAUUGAUCAGUAGUAUGAGUCUAGAACAGAUCAAUAAGGCCGAAGGAAGCUUGCAUUCUGUUUGGAAUGAAAUUGGUUCCGACGAAACGAAUCGAAUGAAAAAGGAGAAUGCUAGAGCUGUAUUUCGUGAUGCCAUUGCUAAUGCUGGAACUGGACCUGCUCUGAUGACCAUCAAACGUUGGAUCGAGAAGAAGGAGAUCGAAGGAUGCGAAGCUGCCGAUGUUUUGGCGUCCAUUCCUAAGACUGCGCGAACACCUACAGCCGAAUACGUGGAUGCUUUCUUUUCACUGGCAAGUAAUCCAGAAGUACAAAAACAAACGUGUCUCAAUUCGUCGGCUGUCUUAUCCUUCGCUGAACUAGUACAUCGCGCUCAAGUUUCUAACAGCAGCAUUUACAAUCACUAUCCAGUUAACGUUUUCGGCCGUUUAUCCUCUAGACGAAAUGACGCAGUUCUAAGAAAAUACAUUCCGUUCUUCGCGGAAGAAUUAAAGAAAGCUAUCAAGGAUGGAGAUAGUCCAAGGAUUCAGGUGUAUAUUCUCGCUUUAGGUUUAACAGGACAUCCAAAGAUACUGAACGUUUUAGAACCCUACCUUGAAGGCAAGGAACGAGUAUCGACUUACCAACGUUUUCUGAUGGUUAUGUCUUUGAGAAAAUUAUGUGAGGUUAAACCUAGCCUGGCUCGUUCUGUCUUAUACAAAAUCUACCUCAAUACCUGGGAUGUUCAUCAAAUUCGUUGCGCUGCUGUCAACUUAAUAAUGAGAACUAAUCCACCGUUAGAUAUGCUCACGCGGAUGGCACAAUUCACUAAUACCGACUUCAGUGGACAGGUCAAUUCAGCCGUUAAAUCAGCGAUCGAAAGUGCAGCUAACUUGAACUAUCCCGAAUGGGAAGAACUAACAAGGAAUGCUCGCAAAGUGCUUCAUUUAAUGAAUACAGAAUCCGAUAAGUAUUAUUACUCAGAGAGUCACUUCACAGAAAUGGAAGAAAAUGAUCAGCUGUCUUACAGAAUGAUGUUGAAUUAUAUCGGAAGUGUAGAUAACGUAAUUCCAUUGUCCACGCACUUUGCUUUACAACCCUCUUAUAACGGCUUCCUCAGUCCUGUUUAUGAAUUAGAUAUGAGUAUAUCGAGCGUAAAAAGUCUAUUAGAAAUGUAUUGGCAUAAAUCCGAAAAAGGAGAUACUGAGGAGUCAUUCGCAGAGAAAACUGCAAAAAUGCUUCACAUUGAAUCAGACAAUGUUGAGCAAGUCGAAGGAAAUGUCUUCUUUAAGACGCCGUACCUUAACCGAUACUUCUCUUUUGAUAAUCAUACCAUCGAAAGAAUUUUACAUGAUAUGAUGUCUCCAAGACAUAGUCAUCAUGUUAACAUGAACAAAUUGUUGAGUUACGACAUUACCUUGAGUUUUCCUACUGAGACUGGCUUACCUUUUGUUUACUCUUUACACGUACCUACAAUCAAGAAAUUCAGUGUUAUAAGUAAGCCAGAUAUGGAAUCUAAAUUCGAUGUUCGUCUACUUGCUGCUACUAAACAUCAAGGAAGAGUUGGAUUCAUAACGCCAUUCGACCACCAAGCAUUCAUUUCGGGCAUCGACAACAACAUGCAAGUUUUCCUACCAUGCAAACUAGAUUUCCGUUUAAAUAAUGAAAAAUCCAGGGUCGACGUAGCACUACAACCAUUAAAACAAAAUAGCAAAACCAGGCUGGUACACUUUAGCGUGAUACCUUACACCUCGCAAUAUGAAAUCCUGUCGUUGCGCCCGUUGCUUUUGGAGAAAAACACUCAUAAGAUAGAAGAGGAAAAACCAACGCAUAUUAGAAUUCCGAAUGAUCCUAACAGCGUUUUCUCCGUAGAGGUUGAAGCCGAAAAACUUGUUGAAAAACUUCAACAAUGGUUACGGAGUGAAAAUAAGUGGGACGACAUGGUGACGCCAUCAUCAUUGGCCUCAGGUACAUACGAAAAAAUCGACGUUUAUGUCAAGCCUAAUCUACAAGAAAACGAAGCUGUUAAAUUCACUGCCACAUUAGACACUAAAGAAAUUAGAUCGAACAAUCUUGAUACAAACGAUGAAUCUUGGAAAUCCGGCAACAAAGUACUAAAGACAAAGCACCAGGCGCUUGAUAGCCCGGCUAGAAGGAAAGAAUUUUUACAGGAGGUCUCUAAAGGAAUAAAUUCUGGAAAGGCGUACGUCAUUGAUGCAAGUCUGGAAAUACCUGGAGUAUGGCAGAGUAGUCAUGCUUGUACCUUGUGUCUGGCCAGUAGUAACGACGAAAAUAAAUUCCGAAGUCUUUUCUACUGGUACACGAACAUACCUAGUCAAGAUAUAACUUAUCAGAUGUGUGGUAACGGUCAGACAAAAAGUUCAGCAACGGCACCUUUCGAUUAUCAAAAAAUACUUGACAGCAAUCCAACGAACGAAUUCAGCAUUAAUAUUCAAUCUGGAAGAACGUGCUCUGAAGACUCACUUGUCACCAUCAAAGGACAGAUGAAACAAAGUGAAGAUUAUAAAACGUAUGUGCAAAGAUCGACAGCAGUAAAGAGAUGCAAAGAAAAUAUGAGCGUCAAAGAUUGCCAGAAAGCUACAAAAAUGGCUAACAAUCUAAACGAAAUAGAUAUGACGAUUAAUAAACAUGGCUCUACUGGAGAAUCUGAUAUUGGAUUAGAAGAAGCUAUCAAUAGCAAGAAGAAAUUGUUAACAGGUUUAAACGUACGAGUUAAAUCUGAAAUUCAGGAAUAUUCUGACAACAACGACAACGAUAUGAGGGUUCAGAUAAAAUUAUCACCUGACAUGACAAGGGCAGAAGGCACAGUAUCUGCAUCUGGAAAGACUUUUACUUUCUCCCAUAUUGAUAUUACUGACAUGGGAAUUGAUAAUGACGAGAUGAACGAAAGUGAAGAUGACAUCUCAUGUACAGCCUCGUGUACACUUGGAAACCACCAAGCAGUAACUUUCGACGGUAAAGUCUAUCCUCUGCAACUUGGUAAAUGCGCACAUGUGUUAUUGACCACCUUCCCAAGAAAUAAUCCAAGUGAACCCAAUAAGAGAUGGAAUAUUCUCGAAGAUAUGAAAGUGACCGUUGUUGCCCAAGAAACGGAAGAUAAGAGAAAAGAACUUCAAAUUUUGUUGGGUAAUGACGAAAUUCUGCUUCGAUCGUUUGACAUGGAACUCUCAGCUUUGGUUAAUGGGCAAAAAGUGAAAUGCUCAGAGAAACAAAGUUAUCAACAUGUCAGAAAUGAUGAAACUCUCUUUGAAAUAUUUGAACUUCCUGGGCCUGCUAUUAAAUUGAUAUCAGAUAAAUAUGAUAUUGAAUUAGUCUACGAUAGAAACCAUGUACAAAUCGAACUCCCUCACACAUAUCAACAAUCCAUACGUGGUCUUUGUGGUGACUUCGAUGGCCGAUCCGAAAAUGAUUUCGUCACUCCAAAGAACUGCAUGCUACAGAAACCAGAAGAAUUUGCAGCCACGUAUAUCUUGAAGGAACGAUGCGAAGGACCAGCUUUGAGAAAUGCGAAAAAGGCAGAAAGCUCUAAAUGCAUGAAAAAAGUAAUACGUUUCAGUGAUGUGAUAAGCGAUAGAGAAGCUGGACGACCAUAUGUAAAUUGGAAGCAAUGGGGUUACCACAAAAAAGAAAAUAAGAAACAAUGCAAUACCUACCGAACUCAAGUUAUCUCCAAAGAAGAUAAGAUCUGUUUCACCACAAGGCCUGUACCAACAUGUUCUAGCGGAUGUAAACCUGUUGACUCAAAGCUAAAGAAAUAUCAACUCUAUUGUUUACCGAAGAACGAAUCAAGUUUAGGAAUGAAAAGGAGAGUUGAACAGGGAGCUAAUCCUGACUUGAGUCAACGCACUCCUUCUGGUGAUGAAAUGAUCAAUGUUCCCCUCGCAUGUGUAGCUGCCUGAUCAAGAAAUAUGCAAUAAGAUAUAUUUGUUUUUUUUUUUUUUUAUUUUAUAAAAUAAUUAAUAUUAUCACUAUUGUUAUUUGCACAAUGUAUUAUGUUUUCAAUAUAAUAUGAAAUAAAAAGUAAAUAUGUAGACAUUAAUAA